AUGCUACGAAUAAGUAUUGGCUCGAUCAAGCAAUUUGGUCUGUCAGUUCCAGGCUAUAAAAGCGCUAAUUACAAUGCAACUGAGAGGGCUGUAAAACUACUCAAUUUGUACAGUACAACUACCUUCGUCAGCUCGAGCAGGCACAUGCAUUCUUCAAUGCCGCUAAAUAAAGAAGGUGGGGAGGAGAGACAUAAUGAAGAGCUUGUUGAACAAAAACUUGCACAGGAUGGGCUGACUUCCAAACGAAACGAUAGUGAACCAUCAAAAGAGAGUGCCACACCCUUAACUAAGUCACUGCUACAACAUACACACGGUCACAACCACACACAUAUGCAUGACAAUCCCCUAUUGUCGCUGAAUGUUCAACAAAUCAAAAAGAAUCCUGGUGUGAAAAUUACAUGGAUAGGUCUUGCAUCAAACGUGGGAAUGGCUGUUGGGAAAUUUAUAGGAGGAAUCACGUUUCAUUCUCAAGCAUUACUUGCUGACUCCGUGCAUGCUCUUAGUGAUUUAGUAUCGGAUUUCUUAACACUAUUUUCUGUCCACUAUGCAUCUCGUAAACCAAAUUCUGAGUACCCUUAUGGCUAUGGCAAAGUGGAAACUGUAGGGUCUCUUGCAGUAUCUACGAUUUUGACAAUGGCUGGUAUUUCUAUUGGUUGGUCAUCGUUAUGCGCUAUUGUGGGGCCCGUCAUCCCCCAUGCAAUUCUGGAAUCAAUGGCUAAUUUGAUCGGUGAGACACAUUCACAUUCUCAGUCAGUAACACAACAGGCCACUAAUGUAAAUGCCGUAUGGAUUGCAGCAGGUUCCAUCCUGGUGAAAGAAUGGGUUUUCCAGGCAACGAAAAAAGUUGCUAUUCAAACAAACUCCAAUGUACUAAUGGCGAAUGCAUGGCAUCAUCGUGUUGACUCUUUAACGUCGUUGGUGGCUUUGGUAGCUAUUACGUCGAGUUAUUUUUUCAACAUUCAGUCUUUAGAUAAUUUAGGUGGACUCGUAGUGUCGGGUUUAAUCAUAAGAACUGGUGGGCAAGGUAUAUUAUCUUCAUUGAAGGAGUUAGUGGAUCAGUCUAUACCACCGACUGAUCCUCGUUAUUUGGAAAUUGAAUCUGUAAUAAAGAACAGUAUAGGCUGUCUGAAAACCGACUUGGGUUUGAAAGGACCGCUACAUGUUAAAGACCUCACUAUAUUGGCUUCUGGUCCAAACCUUCGUGCUACCACGACUUUGGAAGUGCCAGUGUUAAAUUCCGGGCGAGAAGUAGGCAUAAAGCUAUUGGAAAACACCAUUUCAAUUAUAAGGGAAGAUUUACGUCAGAAAGUGCCGCACCUCGGGAAAGUGGACGUCGAAUUCGUUGAUGAAACGUCUGCAUGUAAUAAGAGUUCUGAAAAUUCCUAUCAUAACGUAUCGACAAGUCAUAUGCACACUCAUUUUGACUCGGCUGAUGAUCACUCCCACAGACAUUGA